AUGUUUGAGCUUCCCGAUUAUGAUGCUGAUGAUGAGUCUACUCCAAAAAAGGAGCCUGAUUUACACAUAUCUGUUCCCUGUGGAGAAGGGGAUAUUGGUAUUAAGAAGGAGUCAUCAAAGACUUUUAUCAAAAGUGAGAAAGUUGCUGGUGAGUCUUCUGGGAUUUUAUCUAAAUCCCCAGUUCUUAUAGAUUUUCUGGCUGGAAAACAGUCUGCUGUUUUCGGAGGGACUGAGUUUGCUUCCUUAAUUAAUGGUGAACAUGGAAAAGAUGAGAAAACACCCAGCAAUGAUACUGUUAGUGAUGAUCUUUCUGCUGAACUGGAUAUAUUGCUUAGCUCACCAGAAAAAGAAACUCAAGUGCUGAGGUGUUGUCCCACGUUAUUGAUGCAUCUUCCCAAUAUGGAGAAGCCUAUUCAUAAAAAUCAUGUUGUCACCUCCAAGGGCAAGAGGAAUCUAAAUCCCCAAUUUGAAGAGGCGGCUGCUGAUGCAGAUGGGCGUGGGUUCAAGAUUGCCAAGGUUGUCUUGAUGUUGGUGAUCCUAACUAUGAAUGUUCAAUCUGUGGGGCGUGUUUCUAGUUAUCAGAACGUGUUGAAAGAGACUCUACAGUUAAUCGUUCUGGAUUCAGUGAAUGAUGGGAGUGGUCCACCGCAGUUUAUAAUAACUGGUCAAAAUUAUCAUCGGAUUGGAAGUUUGCUCCCGGAUCCUGGUUUAUAUCUGUCAUUGCAUAGUUAUAUUGUGUUUUAUUCCCGUUAUAAUGUGCAAACAUCUGAGAUAGAUAAAGAAUUGAUAAUUGAGUUGUUGCAAAUGAUCGAUACUCAUAAUGUGAUAGCACAGUUAUUUCGAAGAGUCAGAGAAUUCUAUCAGUGUCAUCCAUCCGAGAUCUUCUCUUUGAAGUUGUAUUCGCAUAGGAAGGUUGAUCGAAGAACUUACAAUACUUCCUCUUGUGACGAAGUUGCUGCUCUGAUUGUUGGAGAUUUUGAUUCGUUGGAUCAUGGUCAUGACAUUAUUGUUCGAUCUACUACUGGUCAGUUGCAACGUAUCUAUAAAACUCAUGCUCUGUAUUGGCCUUUACAGUAUCCGUUGUUGUUUCCAUAUGGCGAGGAUGGUUACCAGUUGAAUAUUCCUUAUCGAGGUCAACAGGAGGGAUAUGUCCCUGGAAGGAGAACAAGGGUUUCUCUCAGGGAAUUCAUAUGUUUUCGUCUGCAGAUUAGGGAGCAAGAAGAUGGAAUUAUUCACAAGUGUAGGCGAUUAUUUCAACAAUUUGUUGUUGACUGUUUCACCAUGAUUGAGUCCCAGAGGUUGUAUGAGAUUAGAAUGAAGCAAAGUGCAAUUAGAGGAGAAGUGCUUCAAGGAAUAGAAGAGGCUAUGCGUCGUGGUGAUGACGAAGCUUCUUCAAUUGGGACACGAGUAGGGGUGUUCGCGGAUGUGAUGGAAAUCUGUAAACAUUUUGGCUAUCCAGAUUUAUUCCUUACUAUUACGUGUAAUCCAAAUUGGCCUGAAUUUCAGCGAUUCACAGAGCGAGAGCGAAUUCCCAUCGCUGAUCGUCCUGAUAUCUCUUGUCGUGUCUUUCAUGCUAAGUUGAAAUGCCUUCUAAGCGAUCUCAAGGAAGGUAUGUAUACUAUUGAGUUUCAAAAAAGAGGUCUACCACAUGCACACAUGUUACUAUGGCUUAACGGGGAAAGCAACUUACAAAGUUUUGAAAUUGUUGAUGAGUUCAUCUGUGCCGAGCUACCCAAUCCCCUCAAAUUUCCAGCUCUUUAUAAUGUCGUCACCAAGUACAUGAUCUAUGGUCCCUGUGGUCGACUUAGACCGAGUUCUCCUUGCAUGAAAGAUGGUAAGUGCUCAAAAUUUUAUCCGAAAAGAUUCGUUGACCAAAUGAGAUUUGAUGAAGAUGGCUAUCCGAUAUAUAGAUGUCGUAAUAUGGGUGUGACAGUGAAGAUCAACGACGUUGAUAUUGACAACAAAUUUGUUGUGCCUUAUAAUCCACUGCUGCUAAUGAAAUAUCAAGCUCACAUAAAUCUUGAGUUCUGUAACAAGUCAAACGUCAUCAAGUAUCUUUUUAAGUAUAUCAAUAAGGAUCCGGAUCGGGUGACUGCAACUGUUGGAGAAACAUAUCAUGUUAGUGAAUCUUCUCAGGUGGUUGAUGAGAUCAAGCAGUAUUACGAUUGUCGUUAUUUAUCACCGUCUGAAUCCAUGUGGAGAAUUUUUGCUUAUGAUAUUCAUCAUAGAUGGCCGUCAGUACAAAGGUUGACUUUUCACUUGCCGAACCAGCAGCAUGUUGUAUUCGAUGAUGCUGAUAUCACUACUCAUGUUUAUUUGCGCAACAAAGAUUUGCUGACGAUGUUUACGGGUUGGAUGAUGGCCAACAGGCGGUUCCCGGAUGGGCGGUCUUUAACAUAUGUUGAAUAUCCAGGCAAAUUUGUCUAUUGUUCGAACAGUAGGGAGUGGAAGCCGAAACAGAGGGGAUUCUCAAUUGGAAGAUUGAGUUUUGCUCAUCCUUCAUCUGGUGAACUUUUCUAUAUGCGGAUGCUUUUGAACGAGGCAUGUUCUGCCAUGGGAUUCUUGAUAGAUGAUAAGGAGUAUGUUUCUGCUAUUAAGGAAGUCGCCGAGGUAGCAUCCGCUGUACAGCUAAGGAGGCUUUUUGUGAUCUUGUUGCUAUCUGGUUCCAUGGGAAGGCCUCUGUCAGUUUGGGAACAAACUUGGACUUAUUUGUUUGAUGAUAUUCUUUAUCGCAGAAGGCAUGAGCUGCAAUAUCCCGAUCUAACGAUGAGUCAGGACGAGUUGCAAACAUUUUGUUUGUUGGAGAUUGAGAAACUAUUGCAGAUUGAAGGAGUGAAAUUUGUGUGUGAAAAUACGUUAGAUAUCGUUAUUCCACUCACAUUGUCGUUUGAAGAAUUAAAAUGUAUAUCGUUCAUCGAGCUAUAUAUUGAGUUCGAACAAUCUGAAGCAGACCAAAAUAUUGAGUUGGAAGAUUAUAAUAAUGAUAGAGAGGAGGAGUUUGAACGUAACUAUGAGAUUGUUGAUCUGGGUGGAGACGAAGAUCAGGAUGACGGCACUAUAGAGGCAGAGGUGGCAGAGGUGACAAAUGCACUAAUAAACCAGCAUACGUUUGUGGAGCCUAAUUUCAUGCGGUCGUUGAAUUUGGAGACCAUGCAUGCACUAGAAUUUCCUCAACAUAUCAAUGCAGGUAGCAUGACCAGAAUAUGUGAUCUGUAG